ACCUAGAGCAGAUGCUUCCACAUCCACACAGAAGAGAGACUGUUUGCUCCUUCAAAGAUGCUUGUCUGUCGAUACCAUCUCUCACUUUGGAUAUUUCUUCUGCUCAUCUGUUAUCUACAACUUUGGGUUACAGUAUCCUCAGACCUCCUCCCAGUCCUCCCCCCAACACCCUCCCUCACCCAGUCCUCCUCUGUAGAAAACACCAGCCUGGGGGCUGUGGUCCUGGUCUGUCGGGCCCCUGAGGGCCCUGGAGGGACCCUGUUCAGACUCCACCGGGUUAAAAAGCUGGUGGACACCAUGACUUUCCCCAGUGAGAGACAGGAGGCCCAGUUCACAGUGAGAGUGAGGGAGGAUUCAGCCCGGGAGGUUCUAUACUGCUGCCUGUAUCAGAACAGCCAGGGGAUGUACAGCCCAUACAGCCACUAUCUGACUCUGAAACAACAAGGUGUAGCUUCUCCUAGAACUCCCCCUCCUCCUCCUCCUCCCCCCCCUCUCCUCCCACCCAUCCUCUCAGUUGAUCCCCCAGGUGGUCAGGUGAAGCACGGCCAGACGUUAUCCUUCCACUGCUCCCCCCCUCCUCCUCACUCCCAGCAGAGCCCGAAACCAGAAGCCUUCCUACUGCUGAGGACAGCUAAAGUGACUGGACACUCCAUGGGGAGCUCCAUGGUCCACCCCCAGGCCUCCCUGGUGUCCCACUCCACAGCCCAGACCGGGGCCUUCCACCUGGGGCCUGUGAGGGGAGGCGAGGGGGGGUCCUACACCUGCCUCUACCAGGUUACAGUGCCUCGUCAGGGACCGGCUAAUUCAACCGCCAGUCAUCCAGUUCUUGUCACGGUCACAGAGCUGUUGCCGGUGCCCUCUCUCUCUCUCCAGAGCCAGGCUGGGGAGUGGGCCUUGGUGUGUACUGGCUCACCUGCCUUCCCUGGUGCCCGCUUCUCUCUAUACCGCCUGGGAAGUACCUUCCCUGAUGCCACCCGUAGUGCCCCCGCUACCCGACAUCGUGCCCUUUUUGCUCUCUCAUCCCUGCCUGCCCAGGACGGCCCGUUGUCGGACCAGUACCAGUGCCAAUACAGUUCCCUGCUGGGAGCAGAGUGGAGCCACUCAGAGAGAAGUGCACUGCAGGAUGUGCCUAGAGUCAUAGAAAAGACCACCAUCUCCCCUUCCUCCUCACCAGGGCUGACUGGAGUGGACUGGCCUCUGGUGUUGGGAUAUCUUUCUGUUGUGGUUCUGUUCUUCAUUGUACUGGUGGGUGUGGGUGUGGCGGUGCAGAGGAAAGUAAAGGUAAUGGGGGAAGAAAAGCGUAAAAGGGAGGGGGCUCUUCUAUGGGCCAAGCUUCAUUCCGGGGACCAUGUUCUUGACCUGACUCUCAAACGUGUCAGCAUUACCUCUCAGGAAUGGGGUAACGACGACAGAGCAGCAGAGACAGCCUUCAGCAGGUCCCCUCCAUGGAGAACUCUCUCUACAUUUGGCAACACACCAUCCUCCUGACCUCUUUCACCUCUCUCUCGUUCCCUCUAUUCUCACUCGCUCGCUCUCUCUCUCUCUAUUCCUUUUUCUGUCCAUCUUCUUAUGUCUCUCUCCCUGACCCUUCUCAUCUCCAUACAGUACUUCGCUUCAUGCUCCCUGUCCUUUCUGAUCUCUCGUUCUCUCUGUCACCUUUCCUUUCCCUCUCCAACCUUCUCUCUCUUUCCAUCUCUAUCCCUCUCUUCUCUCUCCCUGAACCCUUUCCCUCUCUUUCCAUCUCUAUCCCUCUCUUCUCUCUCCCUGAACCCUUUCCCUCUCUAUCCCUCUCUUCUCUCUCCCUGAACCCUUUCCCUCUCUAUCCCUCUCUUCUCUCUCCCUGAACCCUUUCCCUCUCUAUCCCUCUCUUCUCUCUCCCUGAACCCUUUCCCUCUCUAUCCCUCUCUUCUCUCUCC